CCAGCCGCUGGUUGGGGCCGCGCGCGGGCUGGGAGCGGUGGAGACUGGUGGUCUCCCUGCCAACCUGGUCCCGGGUAAACAGCUGGGGGCUGGCUGAGUCCGCGUGCCGGCAGCACACAGAAUGUCCCUGGCUGCUUAUUGCGUCAUCUGUUGCAGAAGAAUGGGAACCUCAACUCCUCCGCCAAAAAGCAACACAUACUGGAGAGAUGUCAGAAAUAUAAUAAAGUUUACUGGAUCACUUAUUUUAGGAGGUUCUUUAUUUAUUACAUAUGAAGUUCUGGCCUUGAAGAAGUCUUUGACAUUAGAUACUCAAGUGGUAGAAAGAGAAAAAAUGAAGUCAUAUAUAUAUGUGCACACAGUUUCUUUAGAUAAAAGAGAAAAUCACGGAAUCACCUACCAGGCAAGAAAAGAGCUUCACAAAGCAGUAAGAAAAGUAUUGGCAACAUCAGCCAGGAUAUUACAGGGUCCAUUUGCUGACACCUUUAGUACAAUUGACAUAGAAGAUCACGAAUGUGCUGUGUGGCUGCUCCUGAGAAAGAGUAGGUCCGAUGACAGAGCAGCACGACUGCAGGCUGUGCAGGAAAUGUCAGAGACCCAUCACUGGCAUGAUUACCAGUAUAGGAUAGUUGCUCAAGCCUGUGAUCUGAGAACUCUUAUUGGUCUGGCACGAAGCAAAGACAGUGAUCUUCGCUUUUUUCUCCGCCCACCUCCUCUGCCAUCUUUAAAAGAAGAUUCUUCCAUUGAAGAAGAGCUCAGACAGUUGCUGGCUUCUUUACCUCAAACAGACCUAGAUGAGUGUAUCCAGUAUUUUACAUCUUUGGCUCUGAGUGAAAGCAGUCAAAGUCUAGCUGCUCAGAAGGGUGGUUUAUGGUGUUUUGGAGGAAAUGGACUUCCUUACGCUGAAAGUUUUGGAGAAGUUCCUUCAGCUACAGUGGAAAUGUUCUGUUUGGAAGCUUUAGUAAAACAUUCUGAGAUACCCACACAUUGUGAUAAAAUUGAAGCAAAUGGAGGCUUACAACUACUGCAGAGGCUGUACCAACUGCACAAGGACUGUCCUAAAGUACAGAGAAAUAUAAUGCGUAUCCUUGGAAAUAUGGCUUUGAAUGAACAUCUUCAUUCUACUAUAGUUCGCUCAGGCUGGGUUUCCAUACUGGUAGAAGCAAUAAAGUCCCACCACAUUAUGGAGGCCUCACAUGCCGCCAGAACCCUAGCUAAUCUAGACCGAGAGACUGUGCAAGAUAAGUACCAGGACGGCGUGUACGUGCUGCACCCCCAGUACCGCACAAGUCAGCCCAUCAAAGCAGAUGUCCUGUUUAUUCAUGGCCUUAUGGGAGCAGCAUUCAAAACAUGGCGCCAGCAGGACAAUGAUCAGGAUGUAACUGAAAAGGUUUCCGAGGAUGAAACCAAGUAUACAACAUGUUGGCCCAAGUCGUGGUUAGCAAGAGACUGUCCCGCUCUCCGAAUUAUAUCUGUGGAGUAUGACACCAGCCUUAGCGACUGGAGAGCAAGGUGCCCUAUGGAAAGAAAGUCCAUUGCAUUCAGGAGCAACGAACUUCUGAGAAAGCUCAGAGCUGCUGGAGUUGGGGAUAGGCCAAUGAUUUGGGUAUCACAUAGCAUGGGAGGUCUUCUUGUCAAAAAGAUGCUGUUGGAAGCCUCUAAGAAGCCAGAAAUGAAUACUAUUAUAAACAAUACCAGAGGAAUAAUUUUUUAUAGCGUCCCUCAUCAUGGAUCCCACCUGGCUGAAUACUCUGUUAAUAUUCGCUAUCUUCUCUUUCCCUCUUUGGAAGUCAAAGAACUCAGCAAGGAUUCUCCUGCACUUAAAACACUACAGGAUGACUUUCUGGAGUUUGCAAAAGAUAAAAACUUCCAGGUGCUGAGUUUCGUAGAAACACUACCAACCUACAUUGGUAGCAUGAUUAAACUCCACGUGGUGCCCCUGGAAUCAGCAGAUCUAGGCAUUGGAGAUCUAAUUCCUGUGGAUGUUAACCAUUUGAACAUUUGUAAGCCAAAGAAAAAGGAUGCUUUUUUGUACCAACGUACCUUACGAUUCAUCUGUGACACUUUAGCCAAAGACCUGGAAAACUGACAAUUGUCUUCUUCUGUUUUCACACAUGAACAGAGUGCAAGAAACGUGGUGUUCUGUCUUUUUAAGCUCUAUGCAAUCAUGCAAAUGUAGUCAUUAUGGCAUUAAUGUGGCUUGGAGUAUGUUGCAGGCAACAGAAUAUUGUUCUGUAAAACACAAACCCAGGAGUGGCAAUCACAGAAAGAAGGGCUAGACUGGAUUCUUCUGAUUUAAAAAACUUCCAUAUGUGCCAGUUUAUGUUUUGCAAUGUUGUCCCUGGUGAUAGGGAGCAAGCUGCUAUGGCUAAAGGAUGUGAUCGGUGACUCUUGUCAUCGGACUGUCCCUGGCUUAUGUUGGGAGCAGCACUGAUGGCUUCUGAAGGGACAGCCAUCACCAAUUUAUCACAGAAAUGCCUGCUGGAGGGUGCCUAAAAUGGAGAGAGAAUGAACUAGAACAUAAAGAUUCGGUUUUGGGUCAGGGUUUCCAUGUGCUGUAAGUUUUUAAAACUUGUCAGAGUAAACCUUUGUGUAAAAUGUUAACUUUGUUACACGGCUUGUCAUCCAUGGGUCAUUUCCUUAUAAGUUUUUAUUUUCAUAUUGCUGAGAACAAAUAUUUCUCUUUUUAAAAAAUUUCUAGCCUAUAAUAAUUCUUUCCAGACUAUAGCUACCUAUACUUUUAAUUUUUCCCAGAUAAGAAUAAUAAAUCCAUUAUUGAUCAGAGUGUGAAAUAAAACUAUUCUAAGCCAUUAUAUAUAUAUAUUAGCAAUACUUGAUAUCAAGAUUCUGAUUCUUUUUAGCUAAAUAAAGUAUACCAUUAUUUCUUGCUCAUUAGGAAAUGGUAUUAAUUGGUCUCCAGCAUGUGAGAAAUAGGAAAUCAUAGUGAUGACUUUUAAAAAAAAUAACAGCAUUAUUGAGAUAUAAUUCACAUACCAUAAAAUUCACCCUUUUAAAUGCACAGCUCAUUGAUUUUUAGUGUGUUUACAGAGUUGUGCAACCAUAACCACUAUCUAAUUUCAGAACAUUUCAUCAUCCCUCCAGAUAACCCCACACCCAUUAGCAAUCACUCCUCCUCUCCUCUCCCCCAGCCCCUGGUAAACACUAAUCUUCUUUCUGUCUCUAUGGAUUUGCCUAUUAUGGACAUUUCAUAUAAAUGACAAGUUUUUAAAAAUUUACAAUACGUGGCCUUCUGUGUCUGGCUUCUUUCUCUUAGUAUAAUGUUUUGAAGGUUCAUCCAUGGUGUAGCAUGUAUACAUGUAGUAGGACUUCGUUCCUUUUUAUGGCCAAAUAAUAUUCCAUUGUAUGGAUGUACCACAUUUGUUUAUCUAGUCAUCAGUUGAGGGACAUUUAGGUUCUUUCAAUGUUGGGGCUGUUAUGAAUAAUGCUGCUGUUAACAUUCAUGUACAAGUUUUUGUGUGGACAUGUUUUCCAUUCUCUUGGGUAUAUACUAGGAAUGGAAUUGCUGGGUCAUGUUAAGCUUAUGUCUACCAUUUUGAAAAUGAUGGACAUUUGUAGAAUGGGAUAGUCAAAGCUAAAAGGAGUACAGCCUCUGAAGGUAAACUGGGGGCAUCAGUGAAACUUAACAACAUCUAAUUGUUUAAUUAUGCAAAAACCUAACAAGUGACUUAACUACCUGUUUUGUUAUGUAGCUAUAGAGUGUGCUAGUUAGCUAUCAACAAUAAACCCUAGCUAAUGGGAUCACGUGGGGAGAGGGGUGUAGAUAGGCUUGGUUUGUUUUCUUUUUCUGUUUUCCAUGAACCAUGGCAGAUGAACCAUGGCUGGAACAUCUGUUCAUUAACUUAGAGUAAUGAAAUGAACCCCCACUUUGUAAAAUCUCAAUAUAGCCAUUAUAGCUGUGCUUUAAAAAUAAGGUCUGGAAGAGAGAACCAGUGUACUUCUGAAUGACUGGAGCUUUUCAGGCAAGUCACUUACCAUUUCUGUUCAUUCUGUUUAUGAAAUGGAUAUGAUGUAUACAGAUUCACUUCAUCAGUCUUGUAAGAUUUAAGUCAAUAAUGUUUUAAAAAUAAUCAUCACCUGAAAAACUCUAAGAACACAAAGUAUGAAAACAUACAUUUGAAAUAGUUUUAAACUUAGACCAUCAGUAAAAUGGUUCUCCUAGUUCAAUCAGCCUUGUUUAAAUAUCCUUUCUGGAAAAAAUUUCAAAUGAAGCUUCCUAUUACCUUUCCCCUCAUGGGAAAAGUCUCUUUAAAUGAUCUAUCCAGGAAGGAAAUAAACAGAAUACAGGUGUUAGCAGACUACUGAAAGCAAGCUGUAAAUAAAAUUCAGAUGAAAAAUUAAUUAUCCUUAUCUAUAAGCCCUUUACUUCUUUCUGAUUACAUUGUCAAUCCUAAAAGUUAAGGGCACUGAGUCCCCCCUUUACUCCAGUGUUUAAAUGUCACCAUAGAGAGAGUCAGACUACAAACGGAGGAUCACGAGGCCUUUCUUGACUCCAUCUCAACCAUGCACCCAAGGUCACAGCAACAGGCAUAAUAUGGUGGAGGACGUGGCCCUCUGCUCAGGUCGGGGUGCCCAUGGUAGUGGAUGCCAGCACUGGUUUCCUGUUGUUGAGAAAGACAGCACAGUCACAGAGUGACGUGCAUAUCUCUUUUGAGCUUGGCUCAUAAUUUACAGUGCCCCUCAAAUUAUUUCUAAUUCCUAAAAUUUGACUUUUAGGCAUACCCUCCUGAAUUUUCAUCUCUUUGUAAUAUUAAAUAUGUUAAUGUAUGGUUUGGCUUUUAUUGACAUUUGGUAUAAAAAUUAUGUCCGUGAAAAAAAUUUAGACAUGCUCAAUAAAUGCAUUUUAAUGUACUCAGUACAACUGAUUGUGCCCUUAUAUUAGAUGUUGAACACUCCCCAAAGCUAAUCACUUAACAUCUAUUAGAAAUUUAUUGUAUAAUUAUAAAUUGCCUUAAUAAAGCAGAAGACAUAAAAAGGCAGUUUAAUAUCCAAGAAGUUUCCAAAUUUAGAAAAAGCCAUUCUUGUAAAAAUUCCAGUUCUUAAUCCGCUUUUAGCUUGGCCUUGGAGUUUAGAAACAGUGUCAUGGAAUUCAACACCUGGUUCCAAAGUUUGGAAACACUAAGCUUACUAGAACCUUUGAUUUUUAAUUUAAUCCAAACUAUUUUAGGAUUGUUAAAGCUAAUUUAUAAUAAAAGCUGAAUAAGCACUGAUUCCUAGGAUCAUCAGAGAGUGCUGGAUAUGAAUGUAAUCUCUGAGCAUAAAAAGCAUUGGGUAUGUAUACAUCUAGAUAGGUUUUAGAAUAUUUUGACAUCUGGGAUUACCAGAUUAAAACAUUUUUGAGAGUUCUGGACCAGGAUGGUGACAUAGGAGGCUCCUGAACUCGCCUGCUCCACAGACACCAAAUUUACAGCUACACACGGAACAGUUCCCUCAGAGAAAAAUUCAGAAACUAGCUGAGCAACUCUUUUACACAUUGGGUGAAUGAGAAAAUGCCCAUGUUGAAAUGGAUAAGAAAGACUGAGACACACUGUCACCAUAAAUCUCACCCUUGGCACAGUGAGAUACAAUCAGGAGGGAACACACAACUCCCAGCUUCUGCCUGAGGAGUGAAGGGCUUGGGCCCAACAUCCAGUGCCCCAACUUUCAAGUCUUCCACCUGAAGGAUGGACCGCCCCCCACCCCCACAAAACACCUAGCUUUGAAAGCCAACAGGGCCUGCAUCCACAAGACCCACAAGACUAUAGCAAAGAAAGAAACAGUUCUAAAUGGGCUUGCAAGGACUCACAGUGGCUCUCCCCCCAGGGCUCAGCACAAGGGCAGCAGACAGAAAUGCCCAUCUCCCAGCCUUUUCCUGAAAGAUGCCCAUUUGCUUAUCUGAAAAGCUGCGGCCUGAGGGUUAGGCUUCUAAUUUAGCACACAUCUAGAGGAUGACUGUGAUCUUCCCUGGGGACCAGGGAGGCUGGUGGUUCUGUCUCUGCAUUCUCCCUCUUGCCCACUCGAGGUUGCUGGUGUCUUCCUGGAAGGAGCUUCGACACAUCUCUGGCGCCCUGGCUUUUGUGGCUGUUACCCAGGGAGUGCACCUCUCGAUUACUUGCCUCUGCUGGCCAGUAAGCCUUGUGUUUGUGGAUCCCACAGGACUGUACAAAGAAACAGUUCCAUCCCCCUGUUGCUCAGCACAGACGGAGCAGACAGAAACAACCACUUUCCAGUCUUUCCCUGGAAGGGUCUAUUUGUAUACUUGAAAAGCUGCUUCCUGAGGGUCCAGUUUCCAAUCAGCCUGCAUCUAGGUACUGCCUGAGAAUGUUCCCUUUGGAACACUGAGAGGUCUUAGCAGAACCUCAACUCCCAGGAGCCACUAAGAACAAAGAAGGCGGUUCAGACAGUCACAGAGUUUGAGAGAUAACCAAGAGCUUGAUGGACUGAAUCCUUUUCCUACCCGAGGCCACUCUGUCAAGACUGGGGACUUCCCUGGUGGCGCAGUGGUUAAGAAUCCGCCUGCCAAUGCAGAGGACACGGGUUCAAUCCCUGGUCUGGGAAGAUCCCACAUGCCGCAGAGCAAGUAAGCCCGUGCGCCACAACUACUGAGCCUGCGCUCUAGAGCCCGCGAGCCACAACUACUGAGCCUGCGUGCCGCAACUACUGAGCCCGCGCACCCUAGAGUCCACGUGCUCUAGGGCCCACAUGCCACAACUACUGAGCCUGUGUGCCGCAACUACUGAUCCCGUGCCCUAGAGCCCGCAUGCCACAACUACUGAGCCCAUGCGCCGCAACUACUGAAGCCCAUGCGCUCUAGGGCCCGCGUGCCACACUACUGAAGCCCAUGCACCCUAGAGCCCACACGCUGCAACUACUGAAGCCCACAUGCUGCAACUACUGAAGCCUGCGUGCCUAGAGCCCAUGCUCCACAACAAGAGAAGCCACUGCAAUGAGAAGCCCGUGCACUGCAACGAAGAGUAGCCCCUGAUCACCACAACUAGAGAAAGCCUGCAUGUAAUGAAGACCCCCACCCCCAAAAAAAAGACUGGGAGAGGUGGCUAUUUUAUCUAAUGCACAGAAGCCAACACAGAGAAUCAAGGAAAAUGAAGAAACAGAGGAAUAUGUUGCAAACAAAAGAAUAAGAUGAAACUCCAAAAACCUUAAUGAAAUGGAGAUAAAUAAGUUCCAAAUAUUGGUCAUAAAGAUGCUCACCAUGGUCAGGAGAGUAAUGCAUGAAUAACAUGAGAAUUUCAGCCCAAACAUAGAAAAUAUAAGAAAGAAUCAAUCAGAAAUCAGAGCUGAAGAAUACUGAACUGAAAAAUGUAAUAGAGGGGUUCAAUGGCAGACCAGAUCAUGGGGAAGAAAGGAUCAGCAAACUCAAAAAGAGGGCAGUGGAAUGCAUCCAGAGAACAAAAAAAAAAAAGAAUGAAAAAGAGUGAAGAUAGCUUAAGGGACCUAUGGGAUACCAUCAAGCAGACUUGAUACUUGCAUUAUAGAGGUUCCAGAAGGAGAAGAGAGAAAAAAAGGUCAGAAAGCUUAUUCAAGGAAAUAAAGGGUAAAAUCUUUCCUAAGCAGGAAUCCCAAAGGGUUCCAAAUAAGAUGAAUUCAAAGAGCCCCACAAACUUUGCUGUACACUGGAAACUAACACAACAUUGUAAAUCAACUAUACUCCAAUAAAAAUUUUUAGAAAAACAAAAAUACAAAGCCCCAGGGAAUUCCCUGGCAGUCCAGUGGUUAAGACUCCGUGCUUCCACUGCAUGGGGCACAGGUUCCAUCCCUGGUUAGGGAACUAAGAUGCCACAAGCUGCACGGCAGGGCCAAAAAAAAAAAAAAAGAGCCCCACACUGAGACACAUUAUAAUUAAACUGUCAAAACAAGGAGAGAAUCUUAAAAGCAGCAAGAGAAAAACUUGUUAUUUACAAGAGAACCCCAUAAGACUACCAGCAGAUAUUCUGCAGAACUUUUGCAGGCCAGAGAGGAGUGACACAGUAUAUUACAAGUGCUGAAAGAAACCAAGAA